AUGUCGGUGCCGCGGGAGGAGGCUCUGCCCGCCUGCUUCGCGGGGCUGGGUGCGGGCAGCCCGCGGCCGCGGCAGAAGCGCGGGGGGAUGUUCUGCAGCGUGGAGGAUGCCUUCGACAACAAGACGCUGGAUUUCCCCUCGCUCAGCUCCUCCGAGCCCGGGACACCCCCCGCUGGGCACCGCCGCGGCCCCGGUCCAGACCCCAGUCCAGGUCCAGGUCCAGGUCCAGGUCCCGGUCCCGGCCUCGUCGCGGUCCCGCCGCCGCCGGUAGCUGUAGCCCGAGGAGAGCGGCCCGAAGGCUGCCCGCAGAGUGACCGGCUUCUGAUCAAAGGAGGGAAAAUUGUCAACGAUGACCAGUCCUUUUAUGCAGACCUCUAUGUGGAAGAUGGUGUCAUAAAGCAGAUUGGGGAAAACCUGCUGGUUCCUGGUGGUGUAAAGACAAUUGAUGCCUAUGGCCAGAUGGUGAUGCCCGGGGGGCUCGACGUCCACACCAGGCUGCAGAUGCCCAUCAUGGGGAUGACCUCAGCUGAUGACUUCUUCCAAGGCACAAAGGCAGCCCUGGCAGGAGGCACCACCAUGAUCAUUGACCACGUCUGCCCAGAUGCUGGGACCAGUCUCCUGGCUGCCUACGAGCAGUGGCGGGGGGUGGCUGACAGCCAGGCCUGCUGCGAUUACUCCCUGCACGUCGACAUCCCGCGCUGGCACGAGAGCCUGAGGGAGGAGCUGGAAGCCCUGGUGAAGGACAAGGGUGUGAACUCCUUCCUGGUUUUCAUGGCCUACAAAGACAAGCUUCAGUGCACAGAUGCCCAGUUGUAUGAAAUCUUCUGCACCGUUCGCGAGCUGGGGGCCAUCGCCCAGGUGCAUGCUGAGAACGGAGACAUCAUCGAUGAGGAGCAGAAGAGGCUGCUGGAGCUUGGGAUUACUGGACCAGAAGGACAUGUCCUCAGUCGCCCCGAGGAGGUGGAAGCAGAGGCCGUGUACCGUGCCAUUACCAUUGCCAAGCAGGCCAACUGCCCCUUGUACAUCACCAAAAUCAUGAGUAGGGGUGCAGCAGAUGUCCUAGCUCAAGCCAAGAGGAAAGGCAUGGUUGUGUACGGGGAGCCCAUCACUGCCAGCCUGGGCACCGACGGCUCCCACUACUGGAGCAAAAACUGGGCCAAGGCUGCCGCCUUCGUCACGUCCCCCCCCAUCAGCCCAGACCCCACCACGCCGGAUCAUCUCACCUCCCUCUUGUCCUGCGGGGACCUGCAGGUCACCGGCAGUGCCCACUGCACCUUCACCACCGCGCAGAAGGCCGUGGGCAAGGACAACUUCACCCUCAUCCCCGAGGGCACCAACGGCGUGGAGGAGCGGAUGUCCGUCGUCUGGGAGAAGUGUGUGGUGCCUGGGAAGAUGGAUGAGAACGAUUUUGUGGCAGUGACCAGUACCAACGCUGCCAAGAUCUUCAACUGCUACCCCAGGAAGGGGCGCGUGGCAGUGGGCUCUGACGCAGACCUGGUCCUGUGGAACCCCAAGGCUACCAAAAUCAUCUCAGCAAAAACCCACAACCUGAACGUGGAGUACAACAUAUUUGAAGGCACAGAGUGCCACGGAGUUCCUACUGUGGUCAUCAGCCAGGGAAGAGUUGUCCUUGAGGAUGGAAACCUGUGUGUCACCCAGGGGUCUGGUCGCUUCAUUCCUAGGAAGACCUUCCCAGAUUUUGUUUAUAAAAGGAUAAAGGCAAGAAACAGGCUGGCGGAGGUCCACGGUGUGCCGCGAGGGCUGUACGACGGGCCGGUCCACGAGGUGCUGGCCAGCGCCAAGGCCCCCAGCGCCGCCGCCCGCAUCGCCCCCUGCCCCGGCAAGGCCCCGGCGCCGCCCGUCCGCAACCUCCACCAGUCGGGGUUCAGCUUGUCCGGCUCUCAGGCAGAUGACCACAUUGCCAGGCGCACGGCCCAGAAGAUCAUGGCCCCGCCGGGGGGACGGUCCAACAUCACCUCGCUGUCCUGA